AUGCCCCAAAAGUCGAGGCCGCACACCGGAAUCAUUACAAGCAACAACAACAACAACAACAACAACAACAACAACAACAACAACAACAACAACAACAACCAAAAACCAGAAAGAGCUGCGCCUUACCAGCCGUGCCAGCUGCAUACCAAUUCGAGAUUACGUGUCCGCAGCAAAAGCCCGAUAGCCAUUGGCUCAUCACACGUGCGGCACUACCCCUCCUGA